AUGGGCUUCAAGUUCUGCUGGUUUGUUGAACUUCUUGAGGACCUCGAUGCUGCACGACAACUGAAACCCCUCUCAUCGUCGCGCGCUUCAAGGCCGGAACAUCACGUCGUGGACAAAUGGUUCAAGGCGCACGGUCAUCAGAUCCCUCGGCAUGGACCGUCCGCCGUGGCCUUUUUGUCCUGCAUCUUCCCUGAACGCCUAUCUCAUCGAAGCUAUGCCAUGCAAGAGGCUCGCCUAGCCACGGUCAUGGGACGUAUCCUCCAUCUUGGGAUCGGACGAGCCAGCCGAUUACGAAGGUGGCAGGAGUUACAUCUAGAUUUCCCGACCUGUCUGCAGCAGAUCAUGUCUGAGGCAGAAAUGCCACUGCCUGAAGCUGGCGGUGAAGUCACACUGGAGGAGAUCGAUGAAGCCCUGCUACAGAUAGCAGCGAACUCACCGUUUUCGUCACCCGAGAUACGAAGUUCAGCCAAUGACGCCUCUCCACACGAUAUCCUCCUUCCUAUCGUCCGACGGCUUCAAAGCAAGGAAGCACGGUGGCUCGUCCACAUGAUCCUCAAGUCGUACAGUCCUGUUCAGAUUCCAGAAUGUCCCGUUAUGUAUGCCUUUCACUUCCUCCUGCCCGAUAUCCUGGCAGUACAGAACACCAUCGAAGCGGCUGUGUCGAUUUUGGGAGAGGAAGAUAUCAGGCCGCUUCCACCAAAUCCACCGAAAGAACUGCGACCCCUGUUUCGCAAGGCUUGUGCAAGAUACGUGGUGCCCAAACUUGGGGUCAUGGUUCGGCGCCAGCCUUUCUAUAAAGCCAGAAGUAUUCGUCACUGCUGUCGUAUGGCGACUCAGAGAUCCAUGAGCGUGGAGAGGAAAUACGAUGGGGAAUACUGCCAGAUACAUAUUGAUCUAUCGAAGGGAAAGCAAAAUUGCAUCCAGAUCUUCUCCAUAAGCGGCAAGGACUCAACCGAAGACCGGGUCCGCCUACACGGGGCAAUCGCAGCAGGGUUGCGGCUGAACGAACCAGACAGCGGUGUCAAACGGAAUUGUAUAGUGGAGGGUGAACUGCUAGUAUGGAGCCAGUCAAAGAAAGCCAUCCAGCCGUUCCACGUCAUCCGUAAGCAUGUCAUGCAUGGCCUGAGAUUCCUCGGCACUGAAGAAGAUUCUCCGAGGGCGCCGGAUGAGCAGCUGAUGAUUGUUUUUUAUGAUAUAUUGUUACUCGAUGACAAGGUCCUGAGUAACGAACCCCACAAUGAGCGACGAAUGCUCCUGGAGGGCAUCGUUAGGUCGAUCGAGGGUGAGGCUGAGAUCGGCCAUCGCAAGGUCAUCAAUUUUGCGUCGAGAAGUGCCAAAAGUGAACUCCGCGAGUUCUUUGCUCAUGCCAUUAAUGAGAGAUGGGAGGGCUUUGUCCUCAAAGGCUGUAAAGACCCGUACUUAUCAUGGGGAGAGAGAAGCAGUGUCAUCAAACUGAAAAAGGACUACAUCGCGGGACUGGGUGACACGGUUGACCUUUGCAUUGUUGGCGGUCGACGUGAUCAGACGGUGGUUGACGAGCUGAAAGUUGGGGAGCUGUCCUGGACAGCCUUUCAUCUUGCCUGCCUUGAGAACAGAGAGGCCGUACGGAGAUUUAACGCUAAGCCUGUGUUCCGGAUCUUGGAUGUUUUAUCGUACCACAAUCUGUCAAGGGACAACAUCCUGUAUCUGAACAGGAGAGGCCAGUUCGUGCAAACGUCUUAUUCAGAAAUUACGCCCCAUCUCGACGUGCGCAUUGACCAAAAAGGAAUCCGACCACCAACCGCCCUGUUUAAGAAGCCGUUCGUUGUUGAGGUCAUGGGAGCCGGUUUUGAGAAGCCGUCCAACACGUCCUACUUUACUCUGCGGUUCCCUCGGGCUCUUAAUAUCAAGCUACACAUGGAUAGGUCGGUGGUCGAGACCAACACUUUCGAAGAAGUACAGGAGUUGGCCCACAAGAGUCUGACAGCACCCACGGACCCAGAGGACCUGGAGGAAGCAGGAUGGCUUCGGCGACUGAUCUUGGCGGACGGAAAAGGCCCGAAUGUUGAUGGCAAUUCUCAAAGCACAAGUCCGUCGAAAAGUACUACGUCUGAUCGAGUCAGCAUUGAAGACUUGGAUAGAGAUGAACCGGGAUGGCGAGACACAAGUCCCAUUGCAUCAACGAAGCGGACAGAAAUGCCGAUGGAUCUGAGGUCUUCGGACUCAACAAGCACUCCAGGCACACCUGGGAAGGACUCAAAACGAACACUCGAGUUGUCACCAUCCGGACCGGGCAGGAAAAGGCGCAAGUCACGUUGUGGCGCUCUCAUCAACGGCGUGCCACUCGAGACAGGCGUAAAGGAUGAAUCCAAUCGUGCUGUCUCGGCAAAGGCUUUGGUCCCUAUUUCUUAUGCCCGGCAUAACCUGUUGUCUCUGAUCCCACCUCUUGACCCUCCAGCAGUUUUCCGGUCUUCCAGAAAAACUCCGGCUCGAUUGGGCGGUUCAGUUCGCACAAGGAACAAGAGACAGCCACUUUCAGAGAUUGCAAAUAUCUCUCCGCCCAGUGUUCCGAAAGGAAAGGCACCAACAGACCUUUCGGCAGAAAACAUGACCAGGAUUGAGAAAGCUUGUGGCAAUACUUCUAUGCGGCUACGUGAGAAGGACAGGUCUGUCCAGGCGCCAAAGCGUAAACUUUGCCCGAGCUUGGUUAUGUCCACGGAGUGCUUCAUUAAGUUGAUCCUGGACUCUUGCUGGGCUGACGUUAGCAAUGACUCGGCUGGACUCGAGGCGCACUCGGCUCACACCUGUCUCACACACCGACGAGUGUACCUCAAGCUGAUGAAUCAUGCGGGUGCGGGCUCUGAGGACCAGGUCGCUCACGAGAUAUUUGGUGUGUGCAGAGACAUCAGGGAAGCAUGGACCGCCCAACGAAAUCGGGUUGAGCGUCAAUGCACACACCUAACGCAUGCUUCCGAGAAGAGAAACCACCAGAAGGCGAUUAUGAUCUUCACACAGCGUAUUGCGGAACAUGAUUUCCUUACUGGCCCGGGAGCCCGUCACUGCGACGUAUGCGACAUCUUGAUGGAUCCGCAAAGCCGCAAGUUCUUUCUGGCCUGUCACUUUCUCACCUUUGAAACCCAAUUGCCGGGAAAUGCUUCUGUGCACCAAGGGCCUGGCGUCAACGGCAUUGCCAAAAAUAAAGUGCAGAACGGCCACGAAGCGGCCCGCAAGGUUGAGACGAUGUCUGCAAGCACGACCUUUGAAUGGGAAGAAGCGACAUCACGCCUCCCAGGCUGGCCAUGA